CCGAAACUCCGCAACUUUGCGACCAUACAUCCACAACGCGCCAUGGACAUCAAGAACCCACGGCGCAUACUUGCAGUGGGUGCGCCAGGCUCUGGAGUGCUCAGCAUCCUGAAAGAGCUUACAGGAUCUGCGCCAGAACUCACCACCUUCGAAGGGAAAGAGACCACCGUAGGCCUUUCGCACGAAUGGCGCCUCGAAACGAAAUACUACACCGCUACCUUACCGAUAUGGCUCGACGAGAUCACAGACGUCCCCGAAUGGCGCACCGAAUUCACAAAACCUGAAGCUCGUGAAGUAGUAACCGUGCUUGGAGGCUGGAUAUACUGCUUCAAGAAGCCGAUUGAAACGAAAGAUCUCGAAGUAAUAAAAGACACAAUGCAAGCGAUAUCCGACGUGAUCGAGCGCGCAUGCGGCUACGCGGGCGAUACCGUAUGUCUUGCGGUCGCAAUGCCGCAGUCCACCACACCCUAUCUUGAACGAUCAAGUGACGAAUGGGAGGAGCUAUGCAUGGAGUACGGCUUUGAAUAUAUCAAUUCGGAGGCGAAAGGCAAGAACGACUUCGGUGAGGCGGUUGGCGUACAAAGGGUCAGAGAAGCGCUCGAGGCUGGUGAAUGGGACAGCAGCGCUGACCUAGACUUGGGUGAAGAUGUUGAGGGCUUCGAGGGUAGCUUUGCGGCUGAAGAGGCUGAGAUGAACAUGGAGCUAUUCGGCAUGAAAGAUGCACUGCACGGCGACGAUGGGGAAGGUGAGCUGGGUGACAAAGAUGUGGAGGAGUUAGAGAUCAUGAUGAGGAAGAUGGUUGCCAUUAAAGAAAUGGGUGAAGGCAUGGAGGAGGCUGAGCGAAAACGCUUUGCCGCGAAAGCAGUCAAUGACCUGAUGAAGGAGCUGUGAAGAAUCAUCAGUCACAUCCAUGCGAUGCUAACAUCACCUGAUGGUGCUUGAUGAAACACUCACGUCUACUCAUCUCGAGUCCUGCUGGCCAACAAGAGGCUUCACCAAGGAGAACGACUAGGCUCAGAGUCUGAGUGCAGCAUGCACCAAUCGGCCGGAUGACCAUUAUGAAGACCUCUAGGGAGAGCUUAAAUAGGCUUCAGAAAUCCACCAUGAUGAGCGAAGCCGGUGCGACAACUCCAAGGCUCGCUGAAAGUUGAGCUGUGCAAGAGUAACAACCAGCUUUAGCUUUUAUCCGCACUUCCGCUGUAUUCUAAAACCGCCAUCAGAAGCUUCAGGGACCUUUUAUUGCACAAUACAAUGAUCAAAAGUUCAGUCCAUUAA